AUGGACACGCAUAAUGUCCCCACGUUGGACCUUGGACUUUCAGAUGUGGUCAUCGGAAGGGAGCUGAGUCGCUCCGAACCUUCUUCAUUAUACGAAGCGCAGCUGUUCGGAAAGCCGUGCAUUAUGAAACUUUUUCACGACAAUGGAGACCCAGGCUAUACCAGAAAAGGUCGGGACUUGAAUCGCUUUCGCUGCGAGCUGAAGGCCUAUCAGAAUUUCCACGAAUUCGGCGUGUGCAACCGCGGCUUUGUUCCCGCAUUUUACGGCUACAUCGAUCGGCUUGACCCCUCUGCUUUCGACCCACCACUUCAUAACUUCAGCAGAGACAAACACAAACCACGCGCCAUUUUCCUCGAAUACCUGUCGGAAUCAGAAAGGCUGAACUGUCUGAAUUACUCACAAGACCUCAUUUGUCACGCGGUUCAAGGUCUAAAAGAGAUUCAUAAUGCUUUUGUCCACCAUCGUGAUAUCUACCCCAAGCAUAUGCUUGUUGUGCCUGGCGGAAGGAUAGUAUGGGUUGACUUCGAUGUUGCGACAACUUUCGGCGAUAUGGGUCCUCUCGAGAACGCCUACUGCGAAUAUGAAACCGAACUCGCGGAGAGCUUUGGGAAACUUUUGGCCGAGGACCAGAGGCGAGAGCUUCCCCCGAACACCAAGUAUUAUUGA